AUGAGAGAUGAUAAGUUUAAAAAACUUCAAAUUCAUGCAAGAAAGCAUCUUUUUGCUGUUGGGUGGUCGAAUUUUCAUCUAGAACAUGAUUCUGGUAGGAAGGUAAUUGUUUACAGUUCACCAAAUGGAAGAAAGUUCUACAGUCUUCAUGAAGCCUGUAGUCAUUAUAUCAAGGAAUCCUUUUGCUUUGACUUUAACAAGACUUUCAAGAACGAAAAUGGUCUUUUGCAUACUGAAUCCCCAAUAAAAAAAGACGAAUCUUUGAUGACUAUUACUAAUACCCAUGUGUUAAGAUCAAGCAAAAGGGCACGAAAAGACGUUUCUUCAUUGUUUCAAACCCCAAGAACUGUUUUAUCUUGGUUGAUUGAUAAUAAUGUUGUUUUGCCUCGAGCAAAAGUGAAAUAUAUUUGUAAGAAAAAUGGUUUUACAAUGAAGGAAGGUCGAAUAACUCGUGAGGGGAUUAAGUGUAGUUGUUGUCAAUCUACUUUUAGCCUCUUGAAGUUUCAAUCUCAUGGUGGAAGCUCUUAUGGGAGAGCUUCUGCUAACAUAUUUCUUGAAGAUGGAAGAUCAUUACUCUAUUGUCAAUUGCAAAUUAAACUUGAUCAAAGUUCAAAGUCAAAUCCAAAAGGAAACCAACAUGAAAUGGUGAAUGAAAAUGAUUAUAUAUGUUCUGUUUGUCAAUAUGGAGGGGAGUUAGUGUUAUGUGAUCAAUGCCCUUCUUCAUUUCACAAAUCUUGCGUGGGAUUAAAGGAGGUUCCUGAUGGUGAAUGGUUUUGUCCAUCUUGCUGUUGUAGAAUAUGUAAUGAGAACAGAUUUAGUGAACAAAAUACAAAUAGUGAAAUGAUAAAUUGUGAACAAUGUGACAAACGAUAUCAUGUAGGGUGUUUAAAAAGAAAGGUGGGGAGUUAUCUUGAAGCAAAUUGGUUUUGUAGUUCAAGAUGUGAAGAGAUAUUUAGGGGUCUUGAAAGGGUUUUAGGGAAGUCGAUUCCAGUUGGGAGGGAUAAGGAUAACUUAACAUGGACCUUAAGAAAAAACAAGACAUUUGAAUGUUCUUCUACUUCUAAUGAUGAAGCUUUAAAUAUGGAGGAAAUAAUAGAGAAUUAUAGCAAGUUGAAUGUUGCUAUUAGUGUCAUGCAUGAAUGCUUUGAGCCAGUUAAAGAAGCUCGCACUGGGAGAGAUAUUGUUGAAGAUGUUAUCUUUUGUAGAUGGUCAGAGCUACGUCGGUUGAACUUUAAGGGUUUUUACACUGUUUUUUUGGAGAAAGGUGAUGAGCUAAUUUCAACUGCUACAUUAAGGGUUUAUGGAGAAAAAGUAGCGGAAAUCCCACUUGUUGGAACACGAUUCCAAUACCGUAGACGUGGAAUGUGUCAUAUUCUCAUGCACCAACUUGAAAAGAUUCUUACAGAGUUAGGAGUGAAGAGAUUAGUUUUGCCAGCUGUCUCAAGCGUUCUACACACUUGGACAAGAUCCUUUGGCUUCUCAGUGAUGACAGAAUCCGAAAAAUUCAAACUUUUAGGCUUCACUUUUCUUGAUUUCCAAGGCACUACAACAUGCCACAAAAUCUUGGUCAAACCUUGUUCCUCAAGGAACAAUGGUCACGAACCUCAAAGUGCAACAACAAAUAUACAACCAAAUUGUUACAAAAGGAUAAAAUUUAGGCGUCUUUCCGAAAGUAACUUCAUUGAAAUAUGUAAAUAGAGGCUAAUGAUCUUUAACCAUGUUUUUUUGUAUAAAAAAAUGGUGAUAGAUGAAAAAAGAAUGCAUG